AUGGAAGAAAAGGGCUUGUUGCUGAGCCACACGUCGAAUAGUGAAGGUGUUAAGUCGAUUGAUAGCAGCAAGCGAUUUUUUGUAUACCUCACGACAUUGAAAGCUGAACUUCAUAUGUGCCCAUCACCACGCUGUUCUUAUGUGUCGACGCACAGUUUUGUGCUAAAACAUCGUCUUGUACAUAAUAAUAUCACGGAUGUGUUAGAAGCAAACAAAUUUUUGGCGUCAUAUGGGGAACCGCCAAUGGAUAUCCUGGUAGAUCCGAUACCGUAUAUGUACAAUCUUGUUGAGCGUCUUCUUAUUUGUCAAUACUGCGGGGAUCACUUUAUGUCUCAGGGAAACCGAUCAAUCCACGAAGCUUUCCACUGUGCAAAGAACCUCAACAGAAGAGAGCCCAUCAAGUGUGAGCUAUGUCCCGAGCCGAUCAUUGGAAAAUCGUCAAUGAGAAAUCAUCUCACAAUGGUUCACAAGAAAGAGAUUUUCACUUGCAAUGUCUGUGGGGACGUGGUACUGAAAAGAUCAAAGUACGGGCAUAUGAAAACGCAUAAUCAAAAAAUUUGUCCUGUUUGUAAAAAACCAGUAACACAGCUAAAGGGUCACAUGAAGACGCACGAAAAGCCAGUUUUGGUGCCGUGCACAGUUUGCAAAAAACCGAUUCGAACGACAGAAAUGACCGCGCACAUGAAGACACAUACUAAAAAGCCAAAACCUUGUGAGGAUUGCGGAAGAGUGAUUUCUUUAUCGGUUAUGAAGAAGCACCGCCGUUUGAAUUGUCAUGGCAACAAGCAUCCAGACGAGCCACUAAAGAAGAAGCAACGAAUUGAGUGA